AUGGCAAAGGCCUCGCGGCGCCGCUACAAAGCCCUGCUUGCCAUCUCGGCACUCUGUUUGCUCGGCAGGGGCUUGGGAUUUGUACAGCUUCCACCCGUCAGCGGCAUGUCUGAGAGGCUUCAGGAGUACUUUAUUUCCGAGCAGGUGGAGUCCGCAGUGGCUGCUGGCAUUGGCAAUGACGUGUGGUCAUGGGCAAGUGAAACUGAGCCAACAGUAUCGUCCGCUCGAUUAGCAAUGGCACUCAUCUCUACGGCUGGCAUCAUGCUUGCAGCGCGCAAGCGCGAGGAACGUGCGACACAGUACGAUUCGGCUGGCAUUAUGGUUUUAGCGCCCAAGCGCGAGGAACGUGCCACACAGUACGAGACAAUGCUUCGGCCGCAGCAGAAGCUCCCAAACGUGGAGCGGCUGAUUGUCGCCAACUGUGGCCUGGGUGACCAAGUUGACUUCCGUGAUGCGCGGCCCUGCAAUGUCCCCGACACGCCUUUGCCGACAGGUGGGCACAUAGAGAUGAGCAGAACUUCGACGAGCCUGACAAGUGCACCGCAGUGGGCCUCGAGCAAAGCUCGCGGUUCUGGUGGCUGGCUUGGCAUCUGCAGGACCAAAGAUGUACCGAUGGACGCGCUGACCAGCCAGAUCAAGACUUGGAUCGCUAUGGUGUACUUCUUGCAUCUGCUGGGCUUCACCAUGCAAGGACCCAUUCUGCCAGCGCUGAGGGCCCAUUUCAAGAUUCUGGCCGCCCAGACGGGCAUGAUCACGUCGGCCUUCCCGACUGGUAUGCUCUUUGCAGUGUCCGUCUUUCCGCGUGCCAGUGACUACUAUGGCCGCAAGCCAGUGCUCUUGGUGUGCUUGGCUGGUGUGGGCAUAAGUUUUUUGCUGCAGGGUUGCGCGCUGAUCUUCCGGUGGCCUUUCAAGACAUUCCUCAAGCUGCGUGUGUUGGCCGGAACGUUUGCUGGAGCAGCUGUGGUGAUAAAAGCUCUUAUUGCCGACCUGCAGACGGAGGUCAUGGUAGAAGCUGUGGCCAAUCGAGAAUUGGCUGCUGCUUCGGCCUUCGUCGUGGGGCCAGCACUGGGGGGACUGUUCUACGGGCUUGGCGGCAUCACCUCUGUAACCCUUGUCAGUGGCCUUGUGCAGCUGAUCGCUGCUUCGCUGGUCUUCGUCUACGUGGACCCCAUGCCUGCACAGGGCCGCGCAAACAAGAAGAAGCAGAAGAAGCGGGGGAUCAGACUGCCUGCGUUCGGACUGUCGUGGGUUCUACUGUUCAACAUCAUCUUCAUUCACGUCCUGUACAUCUGCGGGACAUCGGUUUACGAAAGCUUCUUCGGGGUCUGGUGCAGUGACAGCUUCGGAUGGACUGCAGCUCGCUUGGGUUCCGUCCAGACUCUUGCGGCGAUCUGUGCGUUUUGCAGCAACGCGUUUCUCUAUCGCAGGUUCAUGAGGAAGGAGGGGCGAACCCUGCUUGGGGCUGUUAUUGGCCUUGCAUCAAUCGGCCUGUCAUUUGCAGCCAUGAGUGUGGUCCAGAAGCCCCAAAUGGUGGUGGCCAUCCUCCUUUUCCAGUCCUUCGGCAUCACCUUCUUCACGCCCACCGUAAACAUCCUGAUCGCCAAGUGCUGCCCCCCGAGCAGCCGUGGGUCGAUUUUCGCUGCGGACUCGAUGGCUUGCUCCAUGGGGCGCAUCUUCUCGCCAAGCAUGGUGGGUCACUUCUAUGAUCUGGGACCCGGCGCUGCAUUCCGCGCUGUUUCCUGGGCGCUGAUGACUGCAGCAGGCCAGAGAUGCCAAAAUAGUGCGUGA